UAGACCAGGACUGGGGAGAUGCAACAGCAGAUGUGGAGGAUGAUUUCCCAGGUGUCCCUGUUUAGGGCGCUAUGCUGCCUGCUGUUAAUGCCAGUUUGGCUAGAAGCAACAUCUCUGGUGAAAGUAAAGAAUCUCGGAGGAAGUUCAGUCAGCAUUGACUCUGCUCAGGCUCACGAUUUCUUGACGAACUCUCGACCUAAGAGGAACAUUGACCCAAAGUGGCACAGAGGGAAUCCUGAUUUUCAGUCCUAUUACCGCUUCUACAACAGCAUCGGACACAUCGAAGGACUCUAUGAAAUCGACAGGAUCCGGAUGUUGUAUCAGCAGAUGCGUCACUUAGAGAUAACCUAUGGGCCAGAUGCCUCCAGUUACCAAAAUGUCUUGGGUGUGCUGACCACCACUGAAGCACCAACAACUACCACUGAACCUCCUCCACCUCCCACUACCCCAGCCCCCACACCAGACCCUCUGGAGAACGCUCAGAGGAUCUAUUUAUGUCACCCCAAAGACCCUCUAUGCAAACCUCAGAUCGUCUACCUGCCAACAGGGGCUGUUCCAGUUUUGUGUGACCCACGCCGUAACCCCGCCUGCAGGCCUAAAACAGAGGAGGAGAUAAAAGCUGUUGCUCCCCCAAAACCAACACCACCUCCUCCUGCUCCUCCCGCUCCCAAAAAGUCAGUCCCACCUCCCCCUCCUCCUCCCCCAAUCACUGCUAAAGGUAUGGAGUACGACUGUGACCCAUACUGGGACCCUGACUGUCUCAUUGAUCACCCCCCACGCCCUGAGCAGGAAACAACAGCACCAGAGGCACCUGCUGAGGAAAAAGUGGUAGAAGAAGUAGCAAAAGUGGAGGAAAGUGCCCCUGCAGCAGCCACCCAGAAACCCCUUUACCCUUUCUUUGAUCCUUAUGAUUUCAACCGGGAUCUUUAUAACCCCUUGAGUUAUGUCGAGCCAGCUGCAGAAGAGUAGAAACAAAGUGCCUCAGAAAUGAAAGCUUUCUAUAAAGGGUCUGAUGACAAAAUGACAUCACAAGCCCAAAUAAUAGCAGGACUUUGCACAAAUCCACAUUAAAACCAAAAUGUUCAAUUCAAACCAUGUAUCGAUCGAUCAAAUGUUUAUAGGACAGACAUGUAAAAAAUGUUUAUAUGCCUGUAAUUCUUUUUCAUGACAAAACACUGUUUGAUUGGAUGUUCUUAAAAAAUGACCAAUAAACAUUUGUAAAGAACAAAACAGUUAAAAAGAAUAAAAAUAUUUUGGUAAUGGUGA